UUGGGGUUUUGCUUUAUGUCGUUUUCGGUUAUUUUCACAGGUCCUGUUGCCGAAGAUAUGUUUCACUGGCAAGCAACAAUAAUGGGUCCUCCAGACAGUCCUUAUGCUGGGGGUGUUUUCCUAGUUACCAUUCAUUUUCCUCCAGAUUAUCCCUUCAAGCCACCCAAGGUGGCAUUCAGAACCAAGGUAUUCCAUCCGAAUAUAAACAGCAACGGCAGCAUUUGUCUUGACAUCUUGAAGGAGCAGUGGAGCCCUGCUUUGACAAUUUCAAAGGUGUUGCUUUCAAUCUGCUCUCUGUUGACAGACCCAAAUCCCGAUGAUCCGUUGGUGCCGGAGAUUGCUCACAUGUACAAGACAGACAGGAACAAGUACGAGACAACUGCGAGGAGCUGGACCCAGAAAUAUGCCAUGGGCUAAGAUGGGAUGCUGUAUGUGUGAGGAAGGGCCAUUUUAUUCUAUUAUAGUAUGGUUUGUUAGCCUAAUGUAUGAAUAUUCCUGAAAUGGACUAAAGAGGUCCAUAAUCUGUGGCUUGAGAAAAGAAAAAAAAAAA